AUGACACGGACCAACCCGAAACGGCGGUGCGUGCGGCCAUUUGUCGCCACCCGAGUCCCCUCACCUUCGCCCUCGCCCUCACCUGCGCUCACGCCCCAACCUCCAGAAGAUAACGAAACUGCCGCCGUGGUCAAGUACCUCGAGGCACGGGGAUUCACAUCAGCGCUUGCCGCGCUCAUUGCGGACCUCGCCAACGAGAAGACAAGUGAGGUGGCAUCCUCCUCAACCGCCUCUUUGGUUUGGGGGAACGACGACAUCGUCGCUGAGAUCGUCUCCUUCCUCGGCAUGUCUGACUUACGAACGUGCCUCACCAUCUCCAAGACAUUUUGCCGUGCCGCCGCGCCGCGGCUGUACAAGUGCCUACGCGUACAGCUUCUGAACUGCUACUGCCGCCCUCCUCCUAACCGGGAUAUGGACCUCGUGACGCGCUGCACGACAGCCGUCGAGCUCUUUCCUCACCAACACGUUCAGCACUUUGUCAAGCCACUGGACGUGCCGCGUAUCCGCACUCUUGUGCUCAAUUAUGAUCCCAACGCGAAAGCUGAGAUGAUGACGGGCAAAGGUUCAUCGCUGCACAUGUGCAGGCUCUGCCCUAAUGAGGCGCCGAAAGCGCCGCGCGUCGUGGUGCGGCCCAUCGCGGGCCUCUUUCGAGGAAGGAAGCCCGCCACUGUGAUUCUGGUGCCUACCUCGGACGCCCGAGACACCGACCACACCCACCAUGCCUCGACCAUUGCGCCGGAGACAGUUGUGCACAUCGCGCGGAUGACGAGUCAGACAAAGUACUCGCGCCCGCAUUGGUAUUGGAAGUCCCCGCGCACUCCGCAACCCAAUCCCUCACGCGCCAUCACCUUCGUCCUCCUCCCGAUCAUGUGGGACCACGGGCCGGUGGGCAACCGUCGCCCUCCGUGGGGCGAGGCGAAGAGUAUCGGCAAUCUGGGCACCUCGCUCAUUGUCGCGCUGAGCGAAUACGCACUCCAGUUCGGUGACCACCGUAUCACCAUCGUGGGUCUAGAGGACGCAAACCCUUUCGCGAAGGCCGAGCACUGGGACGCGCGCGUUGAACGGCGCAAACUGUUCGAGGACGAGUUUCGGGAAACGCUCGAAGGGACGAUGCUGGUCGAUCACCGCUUUGGGGUAUGGAACGGCGAAGAGCGCGAGUGGCGCUGCGAGAGCAUCACGCUCACGACUUUCGCAGACUACCUACGGUCAGGGGCUUGGGGGGAGGAGAUGGACUGGCAGCUUGUUGGGCGGUGGCUCAACUCGUAUGAACUGCGCGAGUGCAACGUGCUCGGCACGCUGGCGCCGAAGCCCAAGACCCGCAAGGGCCGUGGUAGAAAGCGCAAGAUUGUGAGCCACGACUCGGACGCCGCGAGCGACAACAGCGAGGACGAGGACUACAUGGUUUGA